GACAUUUGUGAAUCAUGUGUGUUUUGAAGAACUGUCAUUUCAAACACCUAACGGAUCAGACGCAAAGUCGCCUUGUUUAUUUUAAGUAGUAAAUUAUUCAUUGAAAAUUACAUUCAUCAAAUAAAAUUGAUUUAAUUUCUGUGCAUUGAUUGAUGGAGUUAAAAGGAUGGCAUUUUCGCAAUCACUAUCGUUAGGUGAAAACACAUUGAAUCAGUUGGAUGUGUGUGAGGGGAAUAUUUAUUGUGCCGGCAAAAGUGUCAAUAAAAACAAAGCAAUCACCCCAACGCGAAAAAGAUCGCAGAAACCAUUGAAUGGUAUAUCAAUUGGCAAUGGGUUUUCGAAUCAGUCGCCCACCUCGGAUUCGAUCAAUUCAAACAAGAUACUUGAUGUGGUCGACGAAUCUCCUACUGAAAAGACCAAUGUGCUGGGCAAAUCCAUUAGAGAACGUUUAAAAAAUGCGUCAACAUCCAAAAAGAAUGAUCGAAAACACAUGCGACGCAGUCGCUCCGACCCAAUUACUGCCAGCGAUUCGAAAAUAUCCAAGUAUUCUGUGUAUAAACCAAGUUUUACUGAGGAAUUUGGCUCAAUAUUUGACAGCACAAUGGAAUUGGAUGAGCCGGAUGAUCGUGCAAACAGGAAAACCAAAAUAAAAUUGGAUGAAAAGUUCGAAGAAGAUGAUUUUGAUGCGAUUUUCGGUGAUAUCCAAACGCCAGCAAUGCAAAACGAUGCACAGGGAAACGAUACCAAAAGUACUAACAGUUUGAUUGCGUUGAGUGACAGCGGAGGAUCGGAUCAAGUAAAUGUGUCCGAUGUUGAAAGACUGAUGCGUACCGAAGAUUUUGAUAAGACUGAUCCACAGGCACAGGUGGACAAUGAACAACCAAAGGAUGAUCUCGAAUGGGAAGACUCGGCCUUUUUUAACGAUCUAUUGGCAUCACAGCAAAAUCUAGUAAACGCAAAACCAAUCGAGGAAAAUGAUUCACUGGCCGAUGUUGUGAUCGAUGCUGAAUGUGUAUCGAUGCCAAGUGGUCAAAAUGAAGAUGACAGGAGAACAAUGGAACAAGACUUGGAAAACUGUUUGUUAGAAGUUAGCAUUCAUUUAUCGAAUUUGAAUACAACCGAAGCCAAAUCGAUUCAAAAAACUGGAUCACAACUGGAAACAAGCAUAUUUUCCCGAAGCAUAACCGAACGGGUGGCUUCAGAUGGAGCUAUUGAGAAGACUGACGUAAAGACGAAUUUAUCAGUGGUGCAACCAAAUAAAUUGAGUAUCGAUAAUUUAGCGGAUUGGAGUUGUUCAGCACCAAUCAUUAAAGCGUAUAAGAAAAAGGGCGUUCAUGAAAUGUUUGAAUGGCAAUCGGAAUGCUUGAGUAAUCCGAGGAUUAAAGACGGAGACGACAACUUAUUAUACAGUGCACCAACAUCGGCAGGCAAAACAUUCGUUAGUGAGGUGCUGAUGUUCCAAACGGUACUGAAGCGACAGAAGAAAGUGAUUGUCAUACUGCCGUUCAUUUCGGUUGUGCGAGAAAAAAUGUAUACACUUCAGGAUUUGUUGCGAUCGUCCGGAAUACGUGUCGAAGGUUUUUUCGGUGGCUAUACAGCGCCUGGUGGAUUUGAAUCAGCUGACAUCGCAAUUUGUACCAUUGAAAAAGCCAACGCAAUCGUCAAUCGUCUGUUAGAACACCAAAAUAUCGAUUCGAUUGGGAUGGUCGUUGUCGAUGAAGUUCACUUGAUUUCAGACUCAAAUCGUGGCUACAUCUUAGAAUUGUUGCUCACGAAAAUUCUGUUUUGCUCUCGUAAAUUGGGCGCAAACAUUCGAAUUGUAGCGAUGUCAGCUACACUACCCAACUCGGAACUCGUUCGAAAUUGGCUGGAUUCACAAUUUUAUCUAACCAAUUAUCGUCCCAUUGAAUUGCGUGAAAUGAUCAAAAUCGGACCGGAGAUCUUAAACAAUUCGAUGAAUUUGAUAAGAAUGAUAACCACAGAGGAUUAUUCCAUCAUUGACAAUGAUCAAGACAAUAUUGCGCAGCUGUGCAUUGAGACGAUUGUCAAUUCGGCGGCGGUCAUUGUGUUCUGCCCGUCAAAGGACUGGUGUGAAAAGUUGGCCGUUCAUGUUGCACAGAAUAUCUAUAAGUUGGGAAAGAGCCAAACGCCAAUCGGCGAAAAAAUUCGAAAGGAAAUAAAUAUGCAAAUGAUUGAAGAAGUUAAAGGACACCUGCGGAAUUCACCAGCUGGUUUGGAUUCGGUUCUUGAAAAGACAAUUUCGUAUGCAGUGGCCUAUCAUCAUGCCGGUCUGACGUUUGACGAAAGAGACAUAAUCGAAAGUUCUUUUUGCAAAUCAUCAAUUCGUGUGAUCAUCGCCACAAGCACGCUGAGCUCAGGGGUCAAUUUGCCAGCACGCCGAGUUAUUAUUCGAUCACCAAUGCAAUUCAAUAAACCAAUGUGCUCGUUGACAUAUAAGCAAAUGAUUGGUCGAGCUGGUCGAAUGGGAAAAGACACUGAAGGUGAAUCGAUUUUAAUUUGUGACAAAAAAAAUGCAAGAAUCGGCCAGGAAUUGAUUAAAGCUACUUUAAAGCCCAUCACAUCUUGUUUAUCGUCUGAUAAUCACACGCAUUUGAAGCGAGCACUCUUAGAGAUCAUUGCUUCUGGCGUAGCCACAACGCGAAGUGAAUUGGAAGAAUUUGUGAAAUGUACGCUAUAUCAUUCGGAGCAUAAGUUUGAAAUCAAAUAUUUUACGAAUAUAUUGAACGAAUACAAAGCGCAAGCCAAAUCAAAGAAGAAAGCCAAACCGGCAGCGGACGAACUUGAUGAGAUCGAAGACACGGAUCUGGUGGGAAAAUGUAUGCGGUUCUUGGAGCGGUAUGAGUUCAUUCGGUUGCAGUUGGAUGAAGAAACUGAUGAAAUAAAAUUCGUAUCAACUCGCCUUGGAUACGCUUGUUUGGCAUCGUCAAUGCCACCAAGCGAUGGAUUUUUUCUAUUUUCUGAGUUGCAGAAGGCCCGCCAGAACUUCGUGCUUGAAACGGAAUUACAUGCUGUUUAUCUUGUAACGCCAUUUUCUGUGUGCUAUCAACUGCAAAACAUCGACUGGCUUUUCUAUCUGGAUACGUGGGAGAAACUUUCGAAUUCGAUGCAAAGAGUCGGUGAAUUGGUUGGAGUGAAAGAAUCAUUCUUGGUGAAGGCAAUGCGAGGCACAACAAGAUUGGAUAAUCGCACGCUUCAAAUUCAUAAACGCUUCUACACGGCUCUUGUUCUGAAUGAGCUAAUCAACGAGCGCCCAUUGAACCAAGUGGCGUUUAAAUACAAACUAAAUCGCGGCACGUUGCAAAGCUUACAACAAACGACAUCAACGUUUGCUGGAAUCGUUAAAUCAUUCUGCAAAGCAUUGAAUUGGGAUAUGCUAGCGUUGAUUGUGUCACAAUUUCAAGAUCGGAUAUUUUUCGGUGUUCACCAAGAUUUGAUUGAACUUAUGAAAAUAUCCGUUCUGAAUGGUCAACGUGCCCGGGCACUUUUCGAUGCCGGAUACCAAACGCUUGUUGAUAUUUCAAAGGCCAAUGUGCUCGAGAUCGAAAAAUGUUUGACCGAUUCGAUCAGUUUUGAUGUGCAAAAACGUGAUGGCGAGACAAAUUAUGAUGCUGAGCAACGGAAUAAGCAUCGUUUGCUGUUUGUUACCGGGCGAGCGGGUUUAACACCGACAGAGGCAGCCAAAUUAAUCAUCGACGAGGCUCGAGAAUACCUACGCACUGAAAUGGGUAUUCAGAAUAUCAAUUGGACGCAGCGCGAUGGGACGACAACUGGAAAUGAAGAUGCUUCGAAUAAAGAUGCGGUUGUUUUAAAUGAAAAUGAAGGCGCUAGGAAUGAAACGAAAGUUGCUGUAAAUGCAACUGAAACAAUAACAGCUACAGGGAAUACUGAAAAUGCUGUGUCAGGAGAUCGUCAGCCAGCUCAAAAGAGAAGAAUUCCAUUGGAUCAAAAUGUGAUGACACCGAAUAAAAAGCGGAGCCAAGGUCAAACAGUGACCACGGCCAAACAAAUUUCAUCGGGCGAAACGUCGAGUGAAAAUAGCGACGUUGAUUCAAUAAUCCUCGAUAAUUCAUUAUCUUUUUACAAUGAUGAAAACGAUGAUUUUAUGCAACAAUUACGGUCAACAAGCAAUAGUCCGGUGUUGGCAAGUGGUGCACGCCAUAAUGAACUUCGUCUUCAAAUCGUUGAUGUAACAAAGACGUUAGAUAAAUUUCAAAAGUUUGUCAAAGAAUUCGAAAAGGUGACCGAAUGUGGGUUCUCCUUGGCCACAGCCAGACCUGAUACAACGACAUCGGCUGGAUCGAAGAGCUAUCAUUGUGUUAUUUUACCGGAUCUUUACUUAUACGGUGUGGCAAUAUCAUUCCAAGACAAUUACAUUACACAUUUUAUCAGCCUUCAAGAUGACAACUCAGUUGAGUUUCGCAAGAAAUCCGAUUUUAUUCGAGCGGUGAUGGCCCGAAACAAAUUGACUUUGGUCUGCAACGAUUCAAAGACUCAAUUGAAAACAUUAUUAAAAGCCAUUCCGGAGAUUCGUCGAGUCGAUUGUCUCAUCGAAGACACUCUCGUUGCGCAAUGGUUGAUUCAACCAGAGGACCAUCUUACCAGAUCAUUUAGCAAAAUGAUUGAAGUGUAUGCACCGAAAUGCAUUGAUUUGUCGAGUACAAUUUGUGAUGGGAAAAUGAGUACCACAACAACAACGAAAAUACGAUCAUCAAUCAAAGCAUGCGUCACUCGGCACAUUCUUCGCGAGCAGUCACAAAUUCUCAGCAAAAUGGGAAAUGGGUCAAUCUUCAAGGCAUUCAAAGAGAUGGAAAUGCCCGUUCAAAAGUCACUGCUCCACAUGGAACAAACUGGGAUGGCACUUGAACGAAACGCUAUGGAGGUGUUGAGCGAGCAAAUUAGUGAUUACAUUGGUGAACUGGAGGCGGAAAUAUUUCGACUGAAUGGGAAACGUUUCGCUGUGAACUCAUCCAGACAAGUAGCCCAAGCACUUAAGGUUCGCAAGAAAAAUGGUUCAAUGGCAACAAAAUGUACACGCGCUCAAUUGUUGCAAAUUACACAUCCAAUGUCCAAAUUGAUUUUGGAACAUCGCAGCCUGCAUGCAAUCUUGUCGAAAUCCGUUCAGCCACUUAUCAAGAAGACGAGCGAUGAUAAUCGAAUUUAUGGUAGCAGUUACAGUUUCACGCAAACGGGUCGAAUUUCGAUGCACGAACCAAAUCUACAAAAUGUUGCCAAAGAUUUCCACACAGAAUUCAUUCCUCAAGUGUUUUCCUGUCGCAGUGCAUUCAUUGUGAAUUCAAAUCGAAUGUUAAUUUCAGCCGAUUUCUGCCAGUUGGAACUACGUGUUCUGGCUCAUCUGUCAGAAGAUGAUGGUCUCAUUGGCAUUUUUAGUACGAUAAACGAUGUGUUCAUAUCAAUUGCGGCCAAAUGGAAUAAGGUGCUCGAAUCAGAUGUUACCGAAAAGAUGCGCAACGACACUAAACAAAUUUGCUAUGGAAUCAUUUACGGGAUGGGUAUCAAGAGUCUGGCCGCCACUAUGAAAUGUGAAGAAGAGGAAGCACAAUCAUUGCACGAAUCAUUCCAUCUAACUUAUCCAGGAAUUCGGAAUUACACACAAAAAAUAUUAUGUUUUGCUCGUGAGAAAGGCUUUGUUGAGACUAUAGCUGGGCGUAGACGUUAUAUACCCGACAUAAAUGCCAACAAUUUGCGAAAACGAGCUCAAGCUGAACGACAGGCAAUCAACACAACGAUUCAGGGAUCAGCUGCUGAUAUAGCUAAAUAUGCCAUCCUACGGAUGGAACGAAAUCUAAGCAAAUACCGAAAACAGUUGCAAACCAGCGCUAACAUUGACCUAGUUUUGCACUUGCACGACGAAUUAUUGUACGAAGUACCACUCAAAAUAGCCAAUCAAGUGCAGAAAAUCCUAAAAUCAAGCAUGGAAAAUUGUGCAAAAUUGCACGUACCAUUGCGAGUGAAAGUGAAAAAGGGACAGUGCUGGGGAACAAUGCAACGGAUUGAAUGACACUUCCAAAUUUUUUUUUUUUUUAAAUCAAACAUUGAAAAAUAACUCAUCAACAUUACAUUAGUAUUAUGAAGAAAAAAAAUUAUUGUUUAUCACCACAUUCAUGUUUUUGUCUAUGUUUUCGAUCGAAUAAACAUGUGACUUUUUCAACAAGCA